AAUCAACUCUCCGACCCACGUCGUCCUUAGCUUCUCCACAUUCCUCCAAUCUUAAUUAUGACACUAUAAAACGCACUCUUCUCCUUUCUCCCACAAUAUCGUACUCUUUUAAGCAAGCAUCAUCACCCAUCAAGAAAAAAGAGAGAGACGAUGUCGGACUGGGGACCGGUGCUAGUGACGGUGAUACUCUUCGUGAUGCUCACGCCAGGGCUCCUGUUUCAGCUGCCUGGACGACAAAGAUACGUUGAGUUCGGUAAUUUUCAGACAAGCGCUGUCUCCGUUAUCGUCCAUUCUCUUCUCUACUUCUCCCUUGUCUGCGUCUUUCUUCUCGCUCUCAAGAUUCACAUCUACAUCGGCUAGUUUAAUUUACGUAAUUUCAACCCCUUUGCUAUAUGUUUUUCCAAGUUUAAUUUCUCUUCAACUUUUUAACUUAUAUAUAUCAUUUUAUCUAAAUGAAUGUAACCCUGCAUGCCUCCUUCAUGGUCCAUUAUUUAACACUUUGUAUCGGACCCUUUUGCUUUAUGUGUUUACCUUAUCUCUUCUUUGUAAACCCAAAUUUUAAAUAAUCAUCAU